UCAAUUCCAGGCUGUACCAAAACAUUGUCAUAAAUAUAGGCAGACAGCUCGGGAGAAAUCGUGUGUGCAUGCGUUAUAAGCUGGUCCAAAACAAAAGAUAAUCUUCGCCAGCGAAGUGGAUGCUGCUGUCUGGUCUCGUCGUUUGUUUCCAAGCAUUCACAUGAUAACGUUUGAAAGCGUGCGCUCGACGUAGAGAAAAAAACAGUCGACCGAAAAGUUCGCGAGUUUGUUUCACCACUAGUUACCUUAUAAGCCAAAAUUAUACACAGUCACUAGCUGUUAGCCUCGUUAUCGUAUAGAUACUUGACGUUUGCCCAGAUUCAUCGGUCAAAAUGGGAUUUCAAGAUGCGUUGAACUAUGUGCUUUUCACAAAUCCGAUCAGCUCCAAUACCUUGCACAUGGGUAAAUCUGUAACUAAUGGGGUGAUAGAUUAUCUAGGAUUAAGACCAAAGCCUGUUGAAACAGUCAAGAUAUUACCACCCGAACCAUUGUGGCAAAUGGCACAUUCCACUGGACCUUUCAUUCGAAUAGCUGCUCUGAGUGGUGCAGCAGCAGUGAUUUUGGGAGCGUAUGGAUCUCACAAGACUUAUAAAAAUGAAAAUGGACACGAACUGAGAAGGGUUUUCGAGACAGCUUCAAGGUAUCAUUUUAUUCACACAUUGGCUUUCAUCGGUAUGCCUAUGAGCAGGAUGCCACUGGUGGCUGGCACGUUCAUGACUUCUGGAAUAAUAUUAUUCUGUGGUACCUGCUACUAUUACGCAUUUACCGGUGAUAAAUCUUACAGUAAACUGACUCCCAUCGGUGGCACAUGUCUCAUCUUUGGCUGGUUGGGUAUGAUACUGUAAGAGAGCGAGAAAA